GCACAGUGGGCUGAGCCGGCUGUAACUUCAUCUUUUUGGCUACAAUGUUAAUACCCCUGGUCGUCCUCUGCCUUUGGGGGGCUGUCAGCCCUCAGACCGCUGAUCCGAUUCAGGUGUUCGUGGUUCCUCACAGUCAUAUGGAUGUAGGCUGGGUGUAUACUGUGCAGGAAAGUAUGCAUGCCUAUGCUUCCAAUGUCUACAAGAGUGUCGUGGAAGAAUUAUGGAAAGCGAAACGGCGCAAGUUCAUUGUGGUCGAACAGGAAUUUUUUCGCCUGUGGUGGGAUACAGUAGCUGAUGAAUUACAAAAGCGGCAGGUACAGCAGUUACUACAUGAAGAACGACUGCAGUUUAUCAUUGGAGGGCAGGUCAUGCAUGAUGAAGCAGUCACCACAAUAGAUGACCAGAUUUUGCAGCUAACAGAAGGACACGGGUUCCUGUAUGAAACCUUUGGAUCAAGGCCUCGGUUAUCCUGGCACGUGGAUCCUUUUGGGGCAUCGGCUGCUUCACCUACACUGUUUGCUCUGGCUGGCUUCGAUGCUCACCUCAUCUCACGAAUCGACUAUGAUGUCAAAGCAGACAUGCAGAAUGCUAAGAAGCUGCAGUUUGUUUGGAGAGGCUCACCCUCAUUACGUGAGAAACAGGAGAUCUUCACCCACGUCAUGGACCAGUUCAGUUACUGCACUCCCUCUUACCUGCCAUUUUCUGUCAGGUCAGGAUUUUACUGGAAUGGAGUGGCCCUUUUCCCGGACCCACCUAAAGAUGGCAUCUAUCCCAAUAUGAGCCUUCCAGUGACGGCAGACAAUAUUCACCUGUACGCAGAAACAAUGGUGAAGAACAUUAAGCUUCGGGCAGCAUGGUUUAGAAGCAAUGAUGUCCUGUGGCCCUGGGGGUGUGACAAGCAGUUCUUUAAUUCUUCAGUUCAGUUUGGGAACAUGGAUUUGUUGCUGGACUAUAUAAAUAACCACACGGAGUUUGGAGUAAAUGUGCGGUACGCUACGCUUGGAGAUUACUUUCACAGCGUUUAUAACAGAAAUUUUACAUGGGAUGUUCGGCAUAACCAAGAUUUCCUCCCUUAUUCCUCUGAUUUAUACCAGGCAUGGACAGGGUUUUACGCUUCCCGCAACGUUCUGAAAGGAGUAGCCAGGAGAGCGAGUGAGCUGCUGUAUGCCGGGGAAUCUGCAUUCACACAGUAUCUGCUGAAGUGUCCUACCGGCUCUGUGUGUAAGAUGUGGGCUUUACAGCAGCUCAAAGACCUCCGCUGGGCUGUUUCGGAGGUCCAACACCACGAUGGGAUCACAGGCACAGAGUCCCCAAAGGUUAGGGACAUGUAUAUGACGAACCUUAUGCGAGGGAUGGUUGGCGUCAAAAAGCUAAUGGCAGCCUUGGUGAUGGACCAGUUCAGCUCUGAAAAUAAAAGUGAAGCAGAUGGUGUGAUAAAUAUUACAGUCUACAACCCACUUGCAUGGAACAUUACAACUUUUGUAACUGUGCCAUUAAACUCUUCUGUGGCUGGCGUAUAUGAUGAGCUUGGACAACCUGUACCUGCUCAGAUUCAAAAUAGCACCGACUCCAAGUAUGCCCUUGUGUUGCACGUGCUUGUUACCCUUCGAGGCCUUAGUUAUGGGAAAUAUUCCAUACAUCUUGGCGUUCAAACCAACCCAAGCUUUGGGGAUGGCGCCAUUGUAGCUGGAAGGCUGAUAAAACAUCCAAGGCAACCAAUACGCAAGCGAUCAAAGUCAAAGGGUCAUUUGAAACCUGUGAUGAACGACUGCUACACGUUAUGGAUUGACCAAGAGACAAAUCUGAUUGCGAGUAUAACCGACAGACAGAGGAAUCACACUGUCCAAAUGUCCCAAGAAUUUCUAGAAUACCAUGCCAACGGGGAUAUCCACCGGGGACCGAUUUCAGACAACUACCUAUUCACCCCGGACGGAGCCGCCGCUCCGGUUACUGAUGCCGUAGGACUGGAAAUCGUUGUUGGGAAAUUGAUCACAGAAAUCAGGCAGUACUUCUACAGCAGUCUAAAGGCAAAGAUUCACCGGUAUGCAAUCUUAUCGAGACUCUACAAUGUCCCGGAUGGUUAUGAUAAGAUGCUUCUGUGUCAUCGUAUCGAGCAGCAGUACAUAGUUGGCCCCUUGGAGCUGAAUCGGGAGUCCAUUUUAAGAACAACCACCGAUUUGGAAACGGGCAAGAAGAUUUACACUGAUAAUAAUGCUUAUCAAAUGCAAAUGAGGGAGUUCAAGGCCUAUGCCAGCAACACAGUGCCCAGGAAUUAUUAUCCCAUGGUCCGUACAGCCUAUAUAGAAGACAACAACACUCGACUUGUCUUCCUUGCUGAGAGAUCACAUGGAGUCUCCAGUCUGGCUAAUGGACAAGUGGAGAUCAUGCUGCACAGGCGAUUGUGGAAUAACCUGGAAUGGGACCUGAAUUACAAUCUUACAUUAAAUGACACCUCUAUAAUUCAUCCAACUAUCUGGCUGAUGAUGGGAUCAAAGGCUCUGCUUGGGUCAUUGUAUCAGAGAGCUGGGCAAGCUCUAGAGCAUAAACCAUUGGUGAUAUACAACUCAUUAACAGGAAAUGCUGGAUCACAUCAGAACGAGCACCAUGGAAGCCCUGAUGUUCCUAUCAAUUUACCACCCAAUCUUCACCUUCAGAUUCUUAGUAUUCCUGGUUGGCGCUACUCUUCAAACCACACCGAACAUAUGCGAAAAAUCCGUACAGGAAAUGGUUUGGCAUCAGCUGCUGAUUUCCACCGGAUUCUCCUGCGAAUACAACAUCUUUAUGAAACAGGCGAAGACCCGAUCCUCUCCAAGCCGGCGUCUGUAAACAUACAGUCUCUAUUGAGAGGAUUAGGGACUGUGGUGUCGGUGGAAGAGCGCUCUCUUACGGGAACCUGGGAUCUGCAUUCCAUGAACCGAUGGAGAUGGAAAUCCACACAAACGAUGAGCAAAGGUGAUCUAAAAUAUGACGUGACGGAAGACUUCACUGUCAACAUUGAGCCAAAAGAAAUAAAAACGUUAUUUGUUUAUUUCAAAGAAACAUCAACCAAUCGGGCAUGAAAUCGGUAUUCUGGUUGUCUGUGUAUAUAAAUACAGUAUUCAUAUAUAUAUAUAUAUAUAUAUAUAUGAAUGAAAAGUUAAAUAUAUAUUUUGUUUACUUGACCAAUUUACUUUGUUUACUUGACCAAUGUUUAAAUCAAAUAUGUGCAAUGUUUUAUUACACAGAUUUGCAAUGGAAACUGUCAUAUUUGUAUAAUUGUUACUUUUUUGGGCUCUUGAAAAAAAUUAAUAAAAAUUGAUUAAAAAAAAGUACUAUUUUACUCCCAUAAAUAUAUGUAACACAGAAGGUAAUUUGACACAAAGAAAGUGAAAACAAAAUAAAAAUGAUGGUGACAUAA